UUAACACCAACAACAACGACAACAACAAAGAAGAGAGAGAGAGAAGCAAAGCUUAGGGGGGAAGAGGCCAUUGCUAUAUAAGUCUCUCUCUCUUUCUCUUUCCCUUUGGUGGUCGUAACUCGUAAGCUCUUCUUCUCUCACUCUCACCAACCCACUUUUUCAUUUCAACUCUGUCAGCCUCACCUACCUUCAAGAACCCAUCUUCUUCUCUCUUAUUUUCAGUAUUUUUUCUAACUUCAUUUUUAUUAUUAUUUUCAACAAAUGGAGGCCAAGCUUAUAGGAGCAACUUUUCCAGCAGUAAUUAGGCCUUGUCAUGGCUCGAAUUCAAGACCCAGUUCAAUUUUUGGUCUCAAAACUUGGCAAAGUCCCAACCUUUUUCUCACUUUCAAAUCGAAAAGCUUACCCACCAAGACCCUUCAAUCCUUUCCGGCUUUUGCUAUGACCAACGGGUCUUUUGCAACAAAGGAAAGGACUGAUGAUAGUGACAACUUGACCCUUGAGGCCAUAAGAUACUCUUUGAUUAGGCAAGAGGAUAGCAUAAUAUACAGUCUUUUAGAAAGAACACAAUAUUGUUACAAUGCAGAUGCAUAUGAUCCUAGUGCUUUCUCCAUGGAUGGGUUUAAUGGAUCUCUGGUGGAAUUCAUGGUUAGAGAAACCGAAAAACUUCAUGCUCAGGUUGGCAGAUACAAGAGUCCUGAUGAGCAUCCUUUCUUUCCAAAUGAUCUACCUAAUCCAUUGUUGCCACCAAUGCAAUACCCGCAGGUUCUACACCACAGUGCAGACUCAAUCAAUAUAAAUGGCAAAGUGUGGGACAUGUACUUUAGAGAUCUCAUCCCGAGGCUGGUCAAGGAAGGCGAUGAUGGCAACUGUGGUUCCACUGCUGUUUGUGAUACAUCGUGCUUGCAGGUUCUCUCCAAGAGAAUUCACUAUGGAAAAUACGUAGCAGAGGCUAAGUUCCGAUCCUCUCCCGAGGCCUAUGAAGUUGCUAUUAAAGAACAGGACAAAGAGAAGCUUAUGGCUUUGCUAACAUACCCAACUGUUGAGGAGGCAGUGAAAAGGAGAGUAGAAAGAAAAGCGAAAACAUAUGGGCAAGAAAUGCCGGUGAACAUAGACGACAAUGGAGCCGCCGAUCCUGUUUACAAAAUAAAGCCAAGUGUAGUUGCUGAUCUGUAUGGAGAAUGGAUCAUGCCAUUGACUAAGGAAGUUCAAGUUGAAUACUUGCUAAGAAGAUUGGACUAACUAAAAGAGUAGACUUCUUCUACAAUGUAUUUCAACUGUUUUCUGAUGUAGAUAACCUAUCUAGAAGACUAGAGGUCUUUUCAGUAAUCAAAUUUCAUGGUUUACCUCACAUUGUAUGUAAGAGGAUCCUAUUACUCUUUUAAUGGUUUUCUAUUCUAUAUUGUAUCUUGGCUUGGCUUGUUUACAAAGAUUAAAGAAAAGAAAAGCUUACAUCUUUUUCUUUUGGAAAA